AUUGCGGUCUUUUUGUUGAGGCUGGACCAGAUCGGUCUUGUUGAUCCGGUCUCAGACUGCAGCAAAAAUGAUCCCAGACCGCAGUCUCACGGUCUUGUCGAUCCGUCUCAGACUGCAGAAAAUGAUUGCAGACCGCAGUCUCGUGGUCUUGUCUUACAAAUUUCAGCCAUGACAAAAAAUAAACCACCAACCAGCAGAACUUUAGACCCCGAGAUGGGAAGUGAGAAAUUCCUGAAACCAAUUCAGAUCUGA